AUGCAACACGCAGGCACACGUUCAAACAAGAGUGACACCGCAAAAGAUGCGGCGCAUUGCUCGGAUACCUCAACGUGUCAGGAAGAUGCGGCGCAUGUGAUUAUGGAGGUGGAUCGCCUUACAGAGCAAGGUGUUGCCGCGGCCGACGUCGCCAAGCUGCGGCAGGCGGGUAUUUUUACUAUUGCAGGGAUUCACAUGCAGUGUCGCAAAGAAUUGGCACUCAUUAAGGGACUUUCCGACGCCAAGGUGGAAAAAAUUAUCGAGGCGGCUAGAAAGCUCUUGGACUGCGGAUUUACGAAUGGGGCGACGUUUCUGCAGCAGCGUGGCAAAGUGACGCGCAUGACGACUGGAAGCGCUGCCCUUGAUCAACUAUUGGGUGGAGGUAUUGAGAGCAUGUCCAUUACAGAGGCUUUUGGUGAGUUUCGCACAGGAAAAACGCAGAUUGCACACACACUCUGUGUGACCUGUCAGUUGCCCACCUCAAUGGGCGGGGGCAAUGGGAAGGCGAUAUAUGUAGACACAGAGGCGACCUUUCGUCCAGAGCGUAUUAAACCCAUUGCAUCUCGCUUCGGCCUUGACGCGGACGCCGUGCUUAAUAACAUUCUCGUGGCACGGGCCUACACCCAUGAGCAUCAGAUGCAUUUGCUCUCAAUGGUGGCCGCGAAGAUGGCGGAGGAUCAGUUUGCCUUACUCGUGGUAGACAGCAUCACUGCCUUAUUUCGCGUUGACUUUUCUGGUCGAGGCGAGCUGGCAGAGCGGCAACAGAAGCUCGCGAAAAUGAUGAGUCAUUUGAUAAAAAUAGCCGAAGAGUUCAAUGUGGCAGUGUACAUUACAAAUCAAGUUGUGGCAGAUCCCGGUGGUGCAUCGAUGUUCGUCGCCGACCCCAAGAAGCCUGUUGGGGGGCACAUUCUUGCACACGCCUCCACAACGCGGCUGUCGCUUCGCAAGGGCCGAGGGGAUCAGCGUAUUUGCAAGAUUUACGACAGUCCAUCACUCCCGGAGGUUGAGUGUGUUUUCAGUAUUUCCGAACAAGGCAUCGUCGAUGCUCGUGAGUAG